AUGGCCUGGUUGAAAAAUGUCAAGGCUAAGGCAAAAGAUGGGUCACGGGAAAAGUCCUUUUUUUCUUUUUUCAAGACAUUCCUUCAGUUGUUGAGAUUGAGGCUGCUGAAGCUGACGUAUCAAGCAGCAGUGAACAGGAGGAUGUUGCAGAUCAUGUUACUGCGCCAGAAGAAAAUGGGCAAGCUGCAAAUUCAAACAUUCUGUAACAUCAAGCGCAAAGGACGUCCAGCAAAAAGGAAACAACAACUGUUUCAACAACGCAAACGUACAUUUGAAAAACUGCGUCCGUCUGCGCAAGAUCAACUCAGACUCUCAUGGGUUUUAUCUGAAGAAACAGCUAAAAACUGUGUUCAGACGGAUUGCAUAGCAUCAAUUAACGACGUUAAAGUAAUAAUUGAUCCAAGAUGCCCAGAUGACCGUGCUAAUAUGUCCACCUUGAAACAAUGUUUUUCCAAUGAAGCUUGGACAAAAUUAUUAAAAAAUAAGAUGUGGUCAAUUGGAGAAAAUUUGUAUGUUUGUGUUGUUUGUGGACAUCACUCUGGAAGAGACAACCAAACUCGUACUUCGUGGGUGCAGUGUGAUGGCUGCAUAAACUGUUCAUGUGUUGAAAUGAAAAGGCUACCGAAAGGGUCAUAG